AUGUCAUCAACCCCGUCAAGGCUACCUACCACUACAAUGUCACGUCAAAAUACCCCUCCUUUUUCAAAUCAAAUCCCUGUUGAUCCACCGGAUUAUGUCUUUCCAAAGAAUCGGCUCAAGUCCCUCAUGGAAUUUCCUGAUCGAACGCCUGUAGUCCUGGUGGCUUGCGGCUCUUUCUCUCCUAUUACAUAUCUCCAUCUGAGGAUGUUUGAAAUGGCAAUGGACUACUUUGCUGAUCAGUCGACAUUUGAAUUGAUUGGAGGAUACUUUUCACCAGUAGCUGACGGCUACGCGAAAUCUGGACUGGCGAGCUGGUUUCACCGUGUCAGAAUGUGUGAUUUCGCUGUCAUUGGCUCAAACUGGCUCAUGGUCGAUCCUUGGGAAGCUUCUCAGUCGUUCUACUUGCGAACUGCUCCUGUAUUGGAUCAUUUCCACGAAUGCCUGAAUUUGGGGAAUGAGGGUGGUAUUGCUCUGCCAGAUGGAUCUAGAAAGAAGAUUCGAAUCAUGUUGUUGGCUGGUGGUGAUUUGAUACAGUCGUUCGCAUUGCCUAAUGUUUGGGCUGAAAAGGAUCUGAAUCACAUUAUUGGAUACUAUGGAUGUGUCAUUAUAGAACGAACUGGUACUGAUGUGGCAGAAGUGCUCUUGUCCAACGAUCCAUUACACAAACAACGGAAAAGCGUGUUUGUGGUCAAGCAAUACAUACACAACGACAUUUCGUCAACCAAAAUCAGGCUAUUUGUGAAGAGGGGCUUGUCGAUAAAGUACUUGGUCCCUGACGAAGUGUUGCACUAUAUUCACGAUCACAAAUUGUAUGCCAACCCUCCAGCCAACGUCGAGCCACAGGACGAAUAA